AUGGAUCGUGUGGAAGUGGAGGUGAUUCUUGAUAUGGACGACGAUGGGCUCAGCUACAUCCGAACCAAUCCCGCAAUUCCCUUCGUGCUACCCUCCGUGGAAGACAACUUUGAAGACGAUUCUUCCGUCUCCUAUCCUACUGGAUCAAAGCGCAAGCGUGACACUGUGACAACACCCGCGCAGAAACGUCCAGCUACUGAGCCCGCCGCACCUACCGAGACCGCCGCAGCUCUUGAGGCCGCCGCACCUUUCCUCCCUUCGUACCAAGGUCCUGCUCACCGCAACUGGUCACGCAACCGUACCCCUAUCAUUGAAGAGUCUCUCCUGACUCGUGUAAGCACCGAAGAGCCCGAAGACCUUGACGCACUUGCUAUUGCGCGCCCUUUUGGCUGGGCUCGUGAUAUUCACGGAAUGGCUCCCCUGGAGCCCCUGGAGCUUCCCAAUAACUCAAACGGAACCAACAACUCCCGCGUUUGGGAGUCACACCGUCCAUCUAACUUGAACUUCACGAUUUACGAAGACCCACCGGACCAGGAGACACCAAACCCCAGCCCUCGGCAGGAAGGCUUCCACCCUCAUGAAGAGGAUAAAGAAAAUAUCUUUGUUUCUCGCUCUGACUUUGAUAGCUCUGGAGAAGAAGAAGAAGAGACUCACCCCGAUCUCGCUUGGAAUGAAGCUUCCAUCGGACCUCGCGAUGCUUUCGGUCUGCCACUCAAUCGUGAAAUGUCUGAGUUCGUCCAGCCUCGUGACACCCCAUUCCCCGAGCGCCCUAUGCGCCAUGGUCGCGAGGUUUUGCGAACCAUCUGGGUUGAUGAGACACAAGUCCCCGAGGAAGAUGAGCGUUGGCUGCAUGAUGGUAGUCUGACCGAUACCCAGAUUCGAGAGAUUGAGGAUAUUGAAGCAAGUUAUCAGCGAGGACAACUCAGCAGGGCCCGCUCUAACCGCCAUCAGGCUUUGCGUGGUGAUGCUCCCGUCCAGGCUCCUACCAACUUCCACACUGAUGUUCGUCGCGUCCUUCAUUUCCAGCGACACGAGGGUCGGUCUACUACUCCCGAGGGUAGCCCUGUCCGUCCCGAGGAUCGCCUGAUUACUCCCGAGGAAGACGAGAACGAGCUUCAGCAGGAGGAUCAGGACCAGCAAGACCAGGACCAGUAA